AGGCCACGAUUGGCCGAGGGGGGGCUUGGCCCCGCCCCCGCGGCGCAGGUUCGGGUGAGAGGCGAUCGCGGCCGGAGCGGCACCGGGAGCGGCACCGGCGGCGGGAGCACCAUGAUGGCCAACGCGGCCACCAUGCGGAUCCUCAUCAAGGGGGGGAAGGUGGUGAACGACGACUGCACGCUCGAGGCCGACGUCUACAUCGAGAACGGCAUCAUCCAGCAAGUGGGGCGCGAGCUGAUGAUCCCCGGCGGCGCCAAGGUCAUCGACGCCACCGGCAAGCUCGUCAUCCCGGGGGGCAUCGACACCAGCACCCACUUCCACCAGACCUUCAUGAACGCCACCUGCGUCGAUGACUUCUACCAUGGCACCAAGGCAGCACUGGUGGGGGGCACGACGAUGAUCAUCGGCCACGUCCUGCCCGACAAGGAGACGUCGCUGCUGGACGCCUAUGAGAAAUGCCGCAGCCUGGCCGACCCCAAGGUGUGCUGUGACUACGCCCUGCACAUGGGCAUCACCUGGUGGGCGCCCAAGGUGAAGGCAGAGAUGGAGACGCUGGUGCGGGAGAAGGGAGUGAACUCCUUCCAGAUGUUCAUGACCUACAAGGACCUGUACAUGCUGCGGGACAGCGAGCUCUACCAGGUCCUGCGCGCCUGCCGCGACUUCGGCGCCAUCGCCCGCGUCCACGCCGAGAACGGAGAGCUGGUGGCUGAGGGAGCCAAGGAAGCGCUGGAUCUGGGCAUCACAGGACCAGAGGGCAUUGAGAUCAGCCGGCCCGAAGAGCUGGAAGCCGAGGCCACGCACCGUGUCAUCACCAUCGCCAACAGGACCCACUGCCCUGUGUACCUGGUGAAUGUCUCUAGCAUGUCUGCGGGGGAUGUCAUCGCUGCUGCCAAGAUGCAAGGGAAGGUGGUGUACGCGGAGACGACCACGGCGCAUGCCACGCUCACCGGGCUGCACUACUACCACCAGGACUGGUUCCACGCCGCCGCCUACGUCACCGUGCCGCCGCUGCGCCUCGACACCAACACCUCCGCCUACCUCAUGAGCCUGCUUGCCAACGACACGCUGAACAUCGUGGCCUCGGACCACCGGCCCUUCAGCACCAAGCAGAAGGCCAUGGGCAAGGAGGACUUCACCAAGAUCCCCCACGGUGUCAGCGGGGUGCAGGACCGCAUGAACAUCAUCUGGGAGCGUGGCGUGGUGGGGGGUAAGAUGGAUGAGAACCGCUUCGUGGCCGUGACCAGCUCCAACGCCGCCAAGAUCCACAACCUGUACCCCCGCAAGGGCCGGAUCAUCCCCGGGGCCGACGCCGACGUCGUGGUCUGGGACCCUGAGGCCACCAAGACCAUCUCGGCCAGCACCCAGGUGCAGGGCGGGGACAUCAAUCUGUACGAGAACAUGCGGUGCCACGGGGUGCCCCUGGUCACCAUCAGCCGCGGGCGCGUGGUCUACGAGAACGGCGUCUUCAUGUGCGCCGAGGGCACCGGCAAGUUCUGCCCGCUCCGCUCCUUCCCCGACGUCGCCUACAAGAAGCUGGUGCAGCGGGAGAAGGUUCUCAGAUCGAUGACCACGUUCCAAAACGAGCCUCGGCCCGGAUUCUCGCUCCCCCCGGGGGCCGGUCAAGCGGCAUCUGGUAGAGCCGGGGACCUGUCCCCCAACUGAGGACCAGGCACCGCCCCCAGUGCCCGCCGGACCCGGCUCGGGCGGGGCUCCCCUCGCCGCGGGGGCCCUGCCUGGCCCCCGUGCUGCCGGCGGGGCCGUGCCGGCGGCGGGGCCGUGUGCGGGGGCCGCGGAGGGCCGGGGGGCAGCGGGUGCCCCCCCGGCCCUUUUCUGUUUGCACGUUGGGUUUGGAUCAGUGAAUUUUUGACUUGUUUGUGCAUCACGUGGAAAUACUCUGAAGUGGUUUGUGUCACUAGCGUAGGG